GGCCCGGCACGCGUGUCCUGUCUGACUCCAUAUCCCCAGCUAUGCCGGAUCCGGCUGCAAGGAAGCUCGCUUCGACCUUCUGGUCUGGUAAGAUGGAAGUAUACUCCGUAGCCAUCAGGGAAAAUAGUUAUCGUAUGAGUGAGCGAGUCUCGGGGUCUAGUGCCACUGUGGGAACGCAGCAAUGCCGAAACGCUCAACGGUCCGAGCUUGACAGCCCCUGCAUUCAAUAUAUCCUCCCACUUCAGCCAGGAAGAAAUCCUUGCCAGUGUCUCACUAAAAUCUCCUCCCCUGUCUUUCACCAUGCAUCGCUCUCUGACAGAUAGCACCCUCUACCGCAUCAAUGCGAACCUCCUCAUCCCUGGCCGGGGCACACCCAUUCCCCACGGCACUGUCGUCUGGAGGACGGGCACCAUCCUCUAUGCUGGACCCCAGUCGAAUGUACCAGCUGAGUACCGCGAUGCUGUCACCACACACACACCUGUCAUAAUGCCGGGCAUGUGGGAUUGCCACAUCCACUUCCUUGGAGCCACAGCAGCGAACAUGGACGCAAUUGUGAACACCCCGCAAGCGCUAGCAGGUGCUCGCAGUGUUCCUGAUCUCUAUGCAACUGUGAUGGCAGGCUUCACCUCCGUACGGGAGGUUGGUGGCUACGGCUGCGAGCUAGCCAAGGUCAUUAACGAGGGUCGCAUUCCUGGCCCAACCAUCUACGGUGCACACAGUGCCAUCAGCAUGACAGCAGGUCACGGUGACGUGCACGGUGUCAACCUCGAGGGCUUGCGGGACUUGUGUACACAUGGCCUGCCCCUGACAAUUGCCGAUGGAGUGCCAGAAUGUCUGCAAGCAGUGCGCAAGCAGCUGCGACACGGCGCCCGUGUCAUUAAGGUCUGCGCGAGUGGCGGCGUCGUGAGUGCCAUCGACGACCCCCAGCACCAGGAGUUCUCGUUCGAAGAACUGAAAGCAAUCGUUGACGAGGCUGCUCGGGCGAAGCGCGUAGUGGCGGCCCAUUGCCAUGGCAAGGCCGGAAUCAUGAAUGCUCUCCGCGCGGGAUGCCGCACGAUUGAGCAUGGCAGCUUCUUGGACGAGGAGGUGAUUGAGCUGAUGCUUGAGAAGGGGGCCAUGUUGGUGGCGACUCGCAGUGUUAUUGAGAGUGGGCUGGCAAUGCGCGAUCUCUUCACGCCAGGCUCCUACCAGAAAUUGCUGGAGGUCGCUGACACACACAAGAGGUCGUACCAAUUGGCAGUCAAGCGCGGUGUACCUAUUGCUCUAGGCACGGAUCAAUUCAUCAGCUCAGAUAAUCCCGCAAUGGGGUAUGGCCGCAAUGGCAAGGAGCUAGUGUAUGCGGUGGCAGCAGGCAUGACACCACUGGCUGCGAUCGAGGCCGCCACCGCCAAUGGCCCACUGACGUUGGGUGAGCAGGCACCAAGGAGUGGCCAGCUGAGGGAAGGGUUUGAUGCAGAUAUCAUUGCUCUCGCGGAAAGUCCGCUGGACAAUAUAACGGUGGUCUCGGAUGCGCGAAAUGUCACUCAUGUCUGGCGUGGUGGGAAGCUGAUCAAAUCAACAUAACUGGAAGUAUAAUGAGAAUGUUAAUAAAAAAUGAACUUUCGCGCAUUCGAACCCGUGGUCAGGCUAGUAGAAUUGAAGGUGAUACCUAAGGGUAUCUCCAGCCGCCGGGAAACAGCUCAAGCAUGGGUGGCCCUGAAAUCUUCAUGACCAUCCAUU